UUCCAGCCACUAAUUUUGACGUUAAUAGUAAUAUUUGUAAUGAAAUGUAGUUGAUAUUUGUGUUGGUCCCAGAGGAACAGCAUGCUGUCGUCCCUGAAGACCCUGCUGCUGCUCUCGGUCCUGUGCGCACCGACCAGCUUGUGCCUGCGCCUCUACAGAGCACGCUCCGACCUCCUCUGCGACGACCAGCUGGCUGUCGGGCUCCGGAGUGAGGAGACGGAUCCCGGUUACUCCCCAGUGGACGGAUGGGGCUCCCUGCUGCAGUCCCGAGGAGUAUCUCUCCCUUCAUCCUCCUCCUCCUCCUCCUCCUCCUCCUCUUCCGCUGAGUCAGUCGGGAAAAAAAGGACUUCAAACCCCGCAAACUACCGCUUCAUGAGCCGGAGCCAAGCUCAGGGGCAGAUGCUCCGCAACAGCGCCAAAGGGGACCGUCGGAGCAGACUGACGCUGUCCGUGGACGUCCCGACCAACAUCAUGAACGUCCUGUUCGACGUGGCAAAAGGCCAGAACCUGCGCGCAAGGCGGCGAGAGAACGCGCGUCUCUGCGCGCAGAUUGGACGCGAAAAUGAACCCUGGACAACUUUACUUUGACAGACAGCCAUGAGCAGUGCUGGUAUCGCUCUAAAAUGUAAUGAAUCACUUUUUCUUUUAAGAGUAAACAUUUAUUUAAUUUCCACAGAAGAGCGGUGUUCUGUUCAGAAUGUCCAAAAAUUC